AGGAGAAUGUUACGUCUUGUCCUAUUUGUGACCUUUGUCCUUUCACUCUUAAAAACCAUCGAGGGAGCCAGAGGUAACAGUUUAAAAAAUCUAUCGACUCAUUUCAUCCAUAAGUGUAUUUUAACUUAGAUCAGAGCCACUUUUCUUCUCGUGAAUUAUUAUUGAAGUAUUCAGCAUUUGCAACUUUUUGAGUAAGUCUUGAAGACACCUCAAUCGUUGAUUUCCUCUUGGUUUUGCUUUCAGGAAUCUUCUUUAUUUAAUUAAAGCGGGAAAAUUUCCCAUGUCGUAAAUUGGCACCAAUGUGUUAUGGAGAGCUUUGUUGUAGAUUGAGGGGGAGAAAAACGUCUUUUAAACAUUUUUUAAAUACUAAGAGCAAACUUAAGGUGAUUACUUAAAAAAAAAUUUUGAACGGUGUUUUUAAACUUUCCUUGGAUUAUCCCGAUCAACCUCUGUUCGAGAACUAUGGUAUAUAAGAUGGAUCACCGUGUGUUCUUAUGAGAUAUAACGCCGGACCAACCUUCUUUUUUGCCUGUAUUGGUACUAAUCAUGCGCGCACUAUAUAAUUUAUUAGAAAAUCACGCAAUUUCAAACGACAUCCACGCAAAACGUUCCUCGAGUUGUUCCUUUCAAGUUCACAGUUUGCAUCCUUGAGUUUUUCUCUUUCUGAUAUUUUUUUUUAUUUAAUUCUUAAAGGGGAUAAUUUGUACUUGUAGAUUAUGCAAUACAGAUAAUAGCAGAGCUCGCAGCGCGCGCAGCGUAGCCUCAUAAUUAUACGAAAUAGUGGUAACUCAUCAAGCCGAAAAAUUUUGAACUUGACACCAUACGACGGACCGUACAAGGUGCUACUUUUAGCAUGCGCUGCCAACUGUACUGCGGGCAUUAUCUGAGCCAUAACGUUAUUGAAGGGCGAGGGAGAAGGUAAAACGAUUGCAUGCGUAACUUGGAUACCCCAUUAGUGUGCGCCAGGAGACACCGGCAGAUGGCAAUGUAGUGCUCAUACUUGAGUGCCGAGCUUCAGUGUACACAAGGGCUUCACAUGGGCCAAUAUAUGUAAAGCCACGUAAGCAAAUAAUUUGCAACCCGCGUAUUGAGCGUGAAAUCAAACCGGUGAGGUUGUAGUUGAACAGUAAUUCUCAGUAUUUUGCAGUUUCUAAUUAAUUCGAAAAGCAGCAAUACCGGCAGAGCUAAAGCUUUGUCAACCGAAGGAAAUUAAUAUAAUUCAAGCUCGUUGAGAGAGCGUUUUGAGUGAAAAUAAGCUGAAAAGAAAGAGACAGAGCGACCAAAGAAAGCUAGAAGUAAAAGGCGUAAAGCAAGUCGAGAAAAACGCGCAAGAAAGUCAGAGAGGUCACCAAAAUAGCAAGAUAAAAAUGCCCUAGCUUUAUAGGUUUAAAAAUUAAAAUAAGAGAGUUGUGCAGGCCAUAUCUUACUUUUUAUCCUCUCGAUAUUUAUUCAAAUAACAUAGUCACUAUCAGUCUCAUUCACUCUCACUUUCCACUAAGCUUUUGGAAGAUGAUAACCUCUGUCAGUAUGUCUUUAAAUGAAGAAAGGAAAGCCUGCCUUCUUGGCAAAGAUAGUUUUGUUCUUUAUCAAUACAAACCUGGUCUAAUUUGUACAUGAGGGUGAUUGUUCUAGCUAGUUUAGCCUUAUAAAUGUGAAAAUUUCUUGAACCCGUCAUCGUAUGAACGUUUGAAUCAAUUUUAUCUCACUAACCUACAUGUGAACUGAAUAAAUAGAAACUUGAAAUUUAUUUGUUCUCCUUUUGAGGUGUGCAUCAAAAUUUUGAAGUCAUUGCAGGCUUGAACUACAGGUUUAUAGGAAAUCAGCGUGUGCAUGUGUUUUCAACAUGUAAAACCGAGAUUAUGACUAAUACGAAUGACUUUAAUACAUGCCGCACAGGUACAGGCAGGUGUUUUAAAAACGUUUGCUGAGCUUUUUCUUUAGUACACAUUUCUUUUUCUAAGAAUCUCUGAAUUCUAAUUUUUCAACCAAAUUUUAUCUUCUGUUGGCAAUUCGUAGAUCUCCUACUAUCAGUUAAUAUUCAUAUAUUUAAAAUAAUUUCAUGAAAUAUUGCAAAUGUAUGGCACAUUAUUUUUUUCCUCCGAUCCUUCUAACAUUUUAUUAUGCGUAGGGGUUAGUAUCGGCUGUAAAAUUAUUGUCAAAUUAAAGCUUUGUGCACAGCCUAUGCAUCAAAUUUAUGUAAUAAAAUAUUGUAUCCUUCGUAAAACUACUUCAUCAGAAUAAGAAUGAGUAACCAGGAACAAGUGUGGCUUUCACGAUGAUAGUUUCCAGGUUUGAAAAAGUCACUUAUUACUAAAAUCCUCAGUUCCAUUGCCCUGAUAGCCCGACCUCAUCAAAACAUUGCCAACACAGGCAAGUAGCAAAUUAAUGAUACAGUCAAGAGAGCCUAUUCCAACAUACACCUUCAUUAAUCCUGUUAACUUAUUAUGGACAUAACAUUUCAAACAUGUAUAUGCCACAAAUUUUCCAUUUCCCUCACUAAUUAUUUUGUAGUGGUGUUCACAAGUUGUGGAAAACGGUUGGGUUGAAAUACAAUACAAAGACUUGCCAGUAGAUCAAUAAAAUUUGUUGCGUUUCAUGCUAACCCUUUCACUCCCAGAUCAAAUUUAUAAUUCUCCUUACUGUCAACCACGCAAUCCUUAGAAUGUUAGUUCAAAGAAUUUGGUAUUGGAUCAACUAAUUAACACCAAGUUGACAUUUUUCUUUUUUCUGAUCAAUUAUCUGGUUAAUAUUGGAUUUAUAUUGUAAGGGGAAAGUCUGUCUUGGUCACUGAUAGGAGUUAAAGGGUUAACAUGUUGCAACAACUCCACCUUCCAGUAAAUUCAAUUAUUUCCAAACAUGAGAAAAAAACACCUAAAACUUUUCAACCCAUUUAAUAAUGGAAGCCAAAAAAAUCAACUCAACAUUUAACCUAGAGAGAAAACUUGGUUGAUGUUUGGAAUUGAUUUCUGUGGUGUGGAAAUGAAAUCUUUGUAUUAUCUCAAGUUAUCUUAAGACAUUCACAUUAUAUACAUUACAGCAGAGGUUACCAAACUAAAUAACUGAAAAAAAAAUCUGAAAAAGACGCCGUGUGUUUCCAGCCAGAGGACAAUCAUGAAAUAGGAAUAGCCAAAAGAGAAGGAGUUUAAAAAAUUACAGGUUAAAACAUGAAUUGAAAAGUAGUGUUCUUUUUAAUUUUCUACGCUAAACAGAGGAGGUUGAAACGUCAGGGAAAAAUGGUGGGGCAAGCAGUCUUACCUGGCAACUUCGAAAAGAUAUAAGAGAAGCCCAUACGAUUCAGGCGUAUUGUUUUACUGACUCACUGUUCUCACGUGAAUACUCUUCAAUCAACCAGUAAUGUCUCAACGCGUAGUUUACCGUCGUUUCUUUAAAUUUUGGCUCAUUUUCCCAUACCGAAAUGAUAAGUCACGCUUAAUAGAAUAUAAUUUCAGCUGAUACUGACAUCGUAGACACUUCAUCAGAAGAAGAAAACAUUCCCUAUCUUCGAAAACUUGCUCAAAACAUCAGGAACUACAACGAAAGUCCCAAGCUUUUUGAAGAUACCGCUGAUUAGCAUGCGUGUUGAUCGCCUUGCAAGUUGCGAGAACAUCGUUCCCCAGGUUCCAGACCUCGUCUCAUUAUUUUCCCCCCAACCUCGGACUGGUCCCUAAAUCCCCUUGAAGAAACUCUUCUACAACCAUUCCUGAAUAGUUUUAUCACAGUUUUCAUUCAGUAUAAUGAGGGGUUGGAAAAUAAACUAACAAAAGCUCCGCUUUUAGGCUUGGCUAAAUCUAUGUAUUAAUUAUAGGCCACCGUGCACGACCAUCCUACCUGCUAACAUAAUUCUGUAAAUUUUCAUUGAUAAGCAAUUUAGAGAGUUAAAUAUUUACUUAUAACUUAGGUUUGUAUUUCCCAGAAACACCCCAUUUGCGCAAAUGGUGGGAUAUUUGUUUGCUUACCUAUUUUUGACUUUUCCCGAGCAAGAGAACACCCAUGUCAUCGUCACAAGAUGUCUAGGAGACUUGGUUAAAAAGCCAGACAAAAUGACAACAACGAAUCCAGCCUCGAAACCAAUGACAGUCCGAAACUAGUUAUAUUUAACGAAAAUGACCCUGAAAAGAUGUAUCAUUGAGACAUUUUCAUGGUAUUUUAAAGCAUAAAAAAAUCCUUGAUUAAAUAAAAGGGUGGAUUACAUUUAAAAAUCCCUGAUCAACUGAUCUUCUUAAACGAUGAGAGGUAAAAAUCUCGGGACUGCUCUUCAAAUUAUUAUUUAGUGUGUUUACUAAUUUUCACUUGUCUCUUCCAAUUAAGAGUAUUCAUUUGAGAACGCCGCUGAUGUCGAUGCCUUCAGUGUGCCAGCAACAUCAACACUUGAACAAUCGACUGAACGGUAUAAAGAUGGAUCACAUUCAAUGAAGUGGACUUGGGCCAGUGGAGAUAUAAUGAAACAUACCUUCUUCCCAGCAGUAAGUUUUAACCCCUUGCACCCUAACAUCAGUAUGUAUUUUCUUCAUAAUCACCUCUUAACAUUUUCCAAGGUAGUGUCAAGGAGAUUUCGUUUAACAAUCUCGAACUUACGAUGAUUUCCUUUAUUCUUGUGUUCUUAACAAAUAAGUCAGCAUUAUUACUGUAAGGAGGAAUUAGAUUCUGGUUUAAAGCGUUUAUUGCCCUUUCUUUCAACUUCCCAGAUUUAUUUAUUUAUUCCACUAUUUUGAGUACAUAUAAAAUUUGGCCUUAAAUCGUCAACUAAGUAAAUAAUUUAACAUCUUUGCAAAUUUGUUUUGUCAACCUAGUAAAUUAGCAACCCCCACCCCGCCCCCCAAAUGAACUAGUGAUAAAAAUGUAAUUUGUUACCUAGUGAAAGAUUGGUGCAUAGUAAGUAAACAGAACCCAUUUUAAAGCUGCAAAUGUAUGCCAGGUUUGUGUUCAAGAGUCUCUUUGAUGUGUUAUAUAAAAAUAACGGAGAUCACAAACUAACUGCAACAUACUUUUCAGAUUUCAGGAAAUGAGCUUAAAAAGGGAGGGAUUAAGUUGUGGCUUUACAACACUAAUCCACUUGCAGGAGAGAACUUGACUGUCUCUUUCCAAAAUAAUGCGCCCACCACUGUUACUGUAUCACAGUUCAACAUUAAGCUGAAUUUUAAGGUGAGGGGUAACGUUGCAAAACAGCUGUUAAAUUCCUGUGAUGAAAUUCAAUUUUGCAAGUGUGUAUUAGAUUGCCUUUGUUCACCUUGAUGAUAUGUAUAAGCAUGCUUUCAAGUCUUGUAGAGGUAUCUUUUAUUAAUGCGGCAUUUAUAACCACGGCAUUGGAAAUGUUUUACAGCACCAAUGUAAAACAUUGAUUUUUAUUUACAUUUGAAAUAUGAUCGUGUAUUAUUGUAUCUCUUAGCUCUCUAUUUGAACUCAGAGAUAUAGUAAAUAACUUACUGACCUCAUUUUCUUGGACUGCGCUGUAAGUUACGGAACCUUAUCUUUUCGGCCAUGUACGGGCUAUAAAUCUGAGCUGAAAAAUUUUAUCGGUAACGUAGUGUACGGUCCUCAGACUUGGUUAGUAAGGGGUAUGUACGGAUUACUUGUUAACAGUGUAAAUAAAUAUUAUAGCAAAAUGCUAAGAUAGCACACUAUAUUGAUAGCUUUGGGGGAUGGUUAUUUCAAAGAAAGGGACAGAGGAGGACAGCAACCUCCUUAGCAACAAGAAGGUUAUUAAGGCAACCAAACCACAUUCCACGCCCAAACAUCUGUCAACACGACACCAAAAUACAUGUGUAUGGAAUGAAUACUUAUCCAAACUAUUGGGGGUAAAAAGGAGUAGGAAGGUAAACAACAAAAGCAAUGGAGCAAAGCCGCAAUUGAGAGCAAAUUGAGUAAAAUCACGGGCAUUACAGAAGUUUCAAUAACUUUUUCCAUUAGCUGCUGAUGCUGAUGUAAUAGACAGCUGUGCCUGGAAAAGGGCUAGAAGGCAAAACUCAAAUGCGAGAGCCUGUGCAUAAGCCUUUAACUCCCAAGAUCUGAUUGUUGAUUCUCCGCUCUAGCUGCAACACAUUUCCUUGUAAAUUAGUUAUGAAAAUUUGGUGUGCGAUUAAGGCACCUGAUGAGUUUGAGUAUUCUCACUACCUGUUUGCUAGAUAAUAUAUGAAUAUUAAAGAGAGAAGUUUCAUGCUAAUCACUUCUGGGAAUCAAAGGGCUAAAGCGGAGGUAGACUGCUGGCAGCCGGCUUUAAUUGAAACCCCUACUAUGUUCAGGAGGCAUUAACCUCCCUGGGUCCUGUCAUGUUAUAAUUGAAGCUAACUACACAAUAAUUACAUUACUCUUUUCAUUUGAAGGGGUGGCGUGGUGUGUGGGUAUCCUAUAAAGAAGCUAUCAAGACUGAAAACAAAGAUAUUAAUGUUAUGUGCAUAACUGCUCCCACAACCAGACAUCAUUUGUAUUUUGAUGUCUUGCGCUUUGUAAGUGACGUCAGAAGGCAAAGUCGUGACAAAGUGGUACCAACGUUGGAUCCAAACCUUUACUCUAUCAACGACUUCUGGCAGCAAACCUAUCGCUGGAGUCAGGUAGGUUUGAACAGCAUCAUGAUGUUUUUGUUGGUUUUGUGUUAAAAUAUAUCUAAUAAAAUAAAAAUGAAACGGGAUUUAGCAGUGGAAAUUCUACGAGUUGGCUUUUCUUGUCAAGUGUUUCCAGGUCGAAUUGGAAUUUAGAAUGUUGGUUUUUGGGGAGGGAGGAAAAGUAGAGGUCUGGGAGAAAAACCCUUGGAGCAAGGAUGAGGACCAACAAAAAACAUAACACACAUGUGACACCAGGUCCUGAAAUCAAACCCAGGCCACAGUGGUGAGAGGUGAGCCCUCUCACUACUCUGCCAUUCCUUCUCCCCUGCUUCUCUAAUAAUAAACAUAGGCAUGCUGUGCAUACAAGAGUUAUUUUACUGGAGUGGGUGGAUUACUUGAAACAUUGUGAGUGAUAUCUACAUUUUUACAAACGGAAAGAAGAGUAUGAACGUGGAAAAGAACGAAAAUGUCGAAUUAGCUCACACACAGGUAUUUUGUGGUAGAUUAUGUGUGUUGUGCAAAUAACUGUAACCAAAAAGAAAUUGUAUUGGUGCCACGUAUACCUGUUAGUACAAAAUGCAGACUGCAGACUGGAUAAAAAAUGUAGACCAGGUACAAAAUGUAGACUGCAGACUGCAGAGAGGGUACAAAAUACAGACUGAGAAUCUAAAGAGCUUUUUUGUCUGGUAUGUGAUAACAUGUCAUCUUGCAACUUACCGAGCGUCACGCAAUCGCUUUUCCGCGAUCAGCUUUCACGAUUAUUUGCACUAUGGUGGAAUAUUCCUGGCCCAUUUCUUGAUCAAAAUCGAUCUUAAUAUAAUUUCAAGCCUUUAUAUAGUAUUCGCGAGUCGGUUGGUGUGAUAUCUGUACAGAUUUUACCAACGCAAUAAAAGUAGAUGUAGAUGUAGAUGUAAAUGAGAUGUAACUAUUGAAUAAUUAACACGCGCAACAGUCGAGAAACAAUUGACAGCUUUGCACGUGGCCCGUAUUAUCAUCUUUUUAAGCGGCAUGUGUUUAUUUUGUUGACAAAAAUGCGGACCGAAACCAAAACUGUUCUUUUCACUUGAUAUAUUUUCGAAGUUAGUAGAUCACAUCAUAUUAACUUACCUCCGUAAAUCAUACAUUCCAGAUAAAAAAAUCAAAUAAACAUGGUGACGAUGGUAUCUGAAUUCGUUCUCGGCCAAACACAAACGAAUCCACAAGAUCACUUUCUCCACGUAUCGAAAACAUACACAAAAUCGUCCACAGUUAAUUUCAAUCAAACAUUCAUCGAGAGAUGGCACAAAGCAAACCAAUCCAGAAAUAUAUAAUCGGCCCACUCAACAAAUCUUGAAUCUUGCAACAUAGCUUGCCGUUAAAGAACUGUUCAAAUCAAAAUGUUUGGUGGAAUUCAUCAACACCUCAAGCAAUAUUUGAUUCAAAAUUUUUCCACUCACUCUCGUCGCGAAGGAACAAUAACCAUGAUCGUGCUACAGUGCACAGGACUCCAUUUCCUCUCGAACGACUAUCCGCCAUUUUCACAGCAUGAGUAACACGUUUACUAAAGGUAAUCUGUUAUCUUUCAUCUGUCCAGUAGUAUCGCAUUUCUUGUAAAGCGCGGUGAAAUACACGUUAAAGACACAGAAAAGCCAACAUUUCUCAUUCUAAGAGAUGAUUCCAUUCAACGAACCGCUCUUUCCGAAUCCCCCAUUACUUCAUUGAAAUUUGAGCACCUCUCAAACCAAAGAACAAAAAACGACGCUCUGAUUGGUAUGAGAUACAAACCCUAAUGCGGCGAUCUGAUUGGUGCGAGAUACAUACUCUAAACGAUCUGAUUGGUGCAAGCAACAUACCAUUCUCUAUACGCUAACAUAUAUGUUAUUUAAGAAAAGGCAUCUGUUUAAAUGCUCUGUCAGUUUUGUCUUGAAAGAUGUGAUGUACUUGAUAUCGAUAUUGUUACACAAAAUUCAUUUAUGCAAACUAAAAAAGGUUCAUUCGUGCAGGAACUGUAAAUCACUUUGUGCGUUGGUCUUGGAAUUAUGUUUUGGGAGCCGGAAGACUUUUUAAUUGAAUUAGUUAGUCGUGGGCUAGGCAAGUUUUGGUGAUCUCUGCAUCAGGUGCUCUCAAAAAUAAAGUGUUUUAAAGCUGUCACUGAUUUAAAUAGCUAUGAUGCUGAUAUCUACUGAUAAACAGAAAUUACACUAUGGUCUGCUUUUGCAAACAAAUUUAUGUUCUUCUUUUAAUGAUCAAAUAUCUCUCACUCUAAGAAAAAACUCACAUCCAUGUAAAGCGAAGUAAAAUACUCCAUACAUAUCUCUUUUAGGUACCACCACCAGAAAUUUCUAAUACCACACCCAGUCAAGACAAAUUGGAAAAUAUGACCCUCAUUGAAAAGCGACUGGAGAAUUGGUUCGUUAAUCAGUCUCAGAGCAUAGCCCAGUUUCCGACAAAUGCAAGGAAGAGGUGGCAGUCUUUACAGAAGCAAGUGUUCAGUGCCUAUAUUCAGUAUGGACAACUAAAUAUUAAUAAAAGCCAAGGUGUCAUUACAGGUAACCACAUGAUAAUAACUAACCUAUGACUUUUUCAGUCAAAUUCUGAAAAUGCUGAAUUUUUGUUUAGUGGCCUAGGGUUGAAAAGAAUAAUUUAACCACUUAAGUGAAGCUUUAAAAGUUAACUAACUGUUUAAAAAUUGGAAAUGACAUCCCUUCGGUAAUGAUUUUUUUAAACUUUCCAGCCUUACUCGAUGCGCACUCGGUCUUAAUUUUUAAAACUUUUGGGCCCCAGUUGGUUGAAAUGGGUAAUGGUAUCCACUGGUUAAAUCUCUAUCCUGUGAAUGGUGCAAUACAGUUUGUAAAUGCGUAUCCCUUGGAUAGCGGUUUAUCUGUUGGAUAAUGUUAUCCACUGUUUGAACACCCAGGUGUUCUCCGUAUAUCCCCCCCCUUACUUACUAUGAUAUUUAACUGACGGAAAUGGUACUCUAUGGCCAUUAUUUCCUUUCCAACUCAACAGUUGCACUUGUAUCUAUAGAUAACAUUUUAGUAUCAUCAAGAAAAUUCAGUCACUAAGUGACUCUUCUUUCUUUACGAAGAUGUUACUAACCAUGCACUAAUGCUUUGCUCCAAGAAUGCAUGAGACAAAGUAAGUUACUCACGAAUUAGAUCAAUAUGGUCUUCAAACCAGUCACUUCGCGGACAUGUCAAAUUGCGGACAAACAAUUUACCGACACAAGUAGCCAACUCGUAGCUCGCCUUUGGUCAACUUGUUGAGGGUCAUCUUUGGUCGACUCGCUGACAUACUGGUGUUGAACUAACACAGCAUGAAAUCACAAAUUUACGUAUCUUUAACUCUUGCGUAAAGAACCGUAAAUAUAAAGCGUCUUCUUUACGGACAAGUUCCGUUCCGUAAAGAUGCGUAAAUGCAGAGAAACCGUAAGGACUGCGUAAAGGAUAUUAAAUGUUCGUAAAGGAUAGAGAUCAAGAUGGAUAUAAUUAACCACUUUCUAUUUAGAUAAAUUCACAAAUAAAUGAAAUAAUUAUGGCUCAGCCAUCUUCAGUAGAAUUACCGAGGUAUUUUGAUCAGUUUCGCUUUUAACACUUAAGGCGUCUUCAAUAUUCUUUACGCAUCUUUAUUCACUGUUCUUUACGAACCUUUAACAUUCUUUACGUACAAUAAACCUUUACGUGCCUUCAAUUCUCUUUAGGAAUUUUUAGUGUUCCUCAACUACCUUUAACUUUCCUUACGCAAAAUCAGUCUUUACGUGCUUUUAAUUCUCUUUCCGUAUCUGUAUUCUGUCUUUUACACCGGCUCUAAAAUGUCUGCUCUCGUAAAUAUAUUAAAACUGCCUUUUUUUAACGCGCCUUGAAACUCAUGGUCAGGGAGUUGAAAUUUCAAUUUCUGUGCAGUCUAUCAAGUCAUAUAGCUUACAGCACUUUGAGCAAACAACAUAUUUGACAAAAGUAUCGCGCUCAAAACGAGCAAACUUUCGAAGAAGGUACAAUGUUAGUAAUCAUCUCUUCAAGAUAUUCAGAAGCCAGAUAAAUCAGGAAGUACCUUAAAGAACUGGAAAAGAAACUGUAGAAGGCAUUUCAAACCAUUAUCAUUGAGCUUGCAUAGAGACUGCCACUUAAGAAUGAAAUAGACAAGCCACUGUGCUGAUGCAGUAAACUUCUGCGUUCCGGUCAGCUUGGGAGUAGGUUCUGGGCAAGGUUCACUAUUUUCAACAUCACAGAGGAGAUCUUCUAGAGAGACAUCUUCCCAAACUCCAGGUUCUUGUUCUUCAUCAUUUGCAUCUUCUCUUUCAUUACAUGUAUCUCUAUCAGUUACCUGUAAACGAUAUACAGAUUGAUUGUAAGUAAGUCAAACUUGUAAUUUAAUUACAUUUCAGGGGAGUUAAAAUUGUUUUAAACAUCACUAGUACCUGCAUGUUUUUUGCGGGAUAUUUACCAUAACAAUCCUAUUGUGUUGGAUCAGGCCCAAAAACUUCAUGAAAGAGAACACAUGAAAUUCACAAAUUGGACUGGGUAAUAAAGAUUUAUUGGAAGAAAGACCAUUACAGUUGCAUACACAAUUUCUUUGCAUAUACCUACUGUAUACAUGUACCAUAAAUAAGUAUAAAUGUUUUUUUUACCUCAUCUGAGUCAAUGGCUUCGUUGUCACUUUCAGGAUCUGGAUGAUCAGAGCAAUCAGGGCCACCACUCAUGGGGACAUUGUUGUAAUCAGAUUCGGCAAAUAAUUUAAGAAUUAUGACAUCACUUUAAGAAAGUCCAUGCAACAACCUGCAAGCACACAGUUUAGUGUGUAUUAAAAUUUGUUUAAGUUGUUGUUGAGUUCGCCAGGGGGCGAACUUGGGGGUUGGGGAGUUGACUAAUGGUGUCGAGAAGUUUAAUAAUGACAACGACGAGUUGACUAAUGGUGUUAGUGAGUUGGUUGUUGAUAAUUUAACGUGUCAGCGAAAUGAUCGAGAACAGUUUGUUUUCGUUGCUCUAUCAAAAAAUAAACAUCGAAAAUUAUGUAUUUGCUUUGUUACUCUCCAGGAUUGCCUCUUUACUGCGACAAGUCUGAAGUUACUGGUGGUAAAAAGUUCGGGGAGGUGAUGCAGGAAGUGCUUCUCCCAAUGACACUGGAUUAUUACGUGAGGUCACGUGAUGUUGAUGUAGAUGCCUUGGCUUUCGAUCAACUGUCCAACUUGAAUGGAGACGUGGCCCAGAAAAAGGCUGCCAUAAAGGUAUGGUUGAUUGCCUUUUUAACCCUUUUUAGUCCAGUAGCAGUGUGCGUAUUCUCCAUACUGUUCUCUGUAUAUUUUCCAUGGUACUGACAGGAGAAUUUGUACAUCAACCAAGAGCUUUUUUCGGUUGGUGAUCAUUUUCUUUAUUCUCAUGAUCCUUAUGUAUUAUUCAGUAAUGAUACUGUAAGGAGAAGUUUGAUAUUAGUAAAAGCUUAAGUUUCACAAUUUUUUAGAUACAAUUUAAAAAAGCAAAUUAGAGUUCUCUUUCUGUGUUCUCCUAGCCUCAUUCAAACACAUGAGAGGUUGGAAGAAUUUUUGAUUGCUAUGGAAACUCUCAACUGCAUUUCGGGUCAAUGCGUCGAUCAAUUUGAAGCUUCAACGUCCCCCUGGGGCAAACCCCCCAGGCGUUUGAACCUCUGAAGAUUGGUACGUUCGAAAACCCACCUCCCUCCCACCCGUGGCCAAAAUUUUGUUCAAAUGCCCCACCUAAGUGUCGGAUUUGAUCAUCAAUUGUUUUAUAAAAGGCAAGAUUAGUGACCGUGACUUUCUUGUAGAACUUUUCUUCUGAGUCAUCUUCUCACCAAAGUGAAUUUUUGUCUUAUAAACACCUCCAUAUUAAAUGAUAAAACACGUUUUCUCUGCUGGAAAGACUUGACAGUUCCGGUUCAAAUUCCCCACUCCACCCAGGCAAAGUUCAAAUUCCCCACCCCCAAACACAAGCGACAAUCAAGUGCCCGUUGGUUGCCAGGGGGGGGGGUUAGGAUGUCGAAGCCUCCAAUAGAUUGACGCAUUACAACACAAAUGAAUUCAUCCGACGUAAUUUGCCAUUAAUAAAAUGUGGUACAUAAGUUGUUUUGACUUUUUUGCUGUCUAUCUUAGCUUAAAAAAUGUGAAGUUACCUUUUUUAAACUUUAUGCCAAAUAAGCCCUAUUCUUUUUUCUGAAUUUUACCUGCCGCAUGAUUACGGAGGGAACAUUUAAGUACUUUCCAGAGAAUGUAGGAUAGUUUUACUAAAUUUUCGUAUAUUUAUUUCAACCAUAGGAAAUAGCAGGAGGUAAUCAAAACAUUCAAAAUAUAUUCACCACCGCCCUGGGUACCAAUCAAAAAUCUUACACGUUGGAGAAAGUGAAGGAAGCCAUAGACAUUCUGAAUACGGAGCGAAAGAAACGAUUACUUCUCCUUUUGGAAUAUAUUGAAGAUCAAGGUGAGCCUAUGAACAAUAGGGUAAAGUAUGGAACUCGAGUCAUUGUGGCUCACAAGGUGCCAGAGCAUAUCGCGGUCUCCGUAGCGUGAAGCGACUAGGAAUACUGCAAACCCCCUUAGUUCCCUUACUUCGCUAAAGAUUACCCCCUUAGUACCAAAGACUAUUGGAAUCAAAGUCAGUAUCUGAGCAACUGCGUACCAAUAGCAAGUUGGGAUUAAUUUAGGCUAGGGGAGGGGUAGGUGCCCAGUUGCUCAGAUACUGACAUUGAUGGGAUGAUUCAUACAAUUUCAAUCUGGGAGCUCAUGAAAUAUAUGACUGAAUAGUAUAGGCAAAAUCAUUCAACAGGCUAGAUAUGAGAUAGAACGGAGAGGGUUCUAGCCCUAGUCAGCCUCAUAAUGUUGUGCUCUUGGGUAAGAAACUUUCCUCCCGCAGUGCCUCUUUCCACCCAGAAGCAUCAAAUGGUACCGGCGAACCAUCACAAAAACUCGCCUAAGAGAUAACAAAAAAUGGAUAUCCACGAAGACGACGAACUCGUGCCACCCUCGCAACCAAUCUGUUGCCAAACUUAAACCUAAUGCGACUUGGUUACCUGCGUUUGAGGACGUUUCCAUCCGUUUCAGCGCUCUGUAAUUGGUUCAGAAAACUGGUGCCGCUCUCUCAACCAAUCAAACGCAGAACUAAGACAAGUCAUGACUUGGUUAUUCACGCUUUUCGCUCGCUUCAGGCAGUUAGCAAUUUCACAUUCAGUUCUCAUUGGCUCCUUGGGACAUUUUCCCUUGUGCGAAUUUUGUUUGGAUUGCUCUAGUUUCCUGUUUUUUCUUUUCUUUGUUAUUACGACGCGCAAUCGAAAACUGAUAUAGUCGUCACCACCUCUUUGGGUUUGAAUUUCUGAUAUCCAAUAGCAAAACGCUGUAAGUUUGAUUUUUCACCACAACUAUACCCCAUUCAUACCAGCAAACCAUGUUUCGUCAAGCCAGGUCCAACGGAAUGAAAAUCAGCAAGGGAAAACUGAAAAACUUAUUUUCCAUGGCGUUCAAGUAAUACCAAACUUGUAUUUUCAAAGUGUUGAAUUGGAAGUCGACAAACAUUACUUUAAACAGCUUCUGUAAAGAAAAUGAUUUUAAACCGUGUUUACCAAAAUAGCUUUAACACAUGUUUAAGCUUUGGUGAGAAUGGGAUAUAACUUAGCUCUUGCAUUUGUCAGGUUGGACCGAUGGUAGUGCUAUUGGGUCUUUGGAUCAUGAGAUGAACAAUUGCGGAGCAGGUUUUAUGAAUGCAGUCUUCCUCCUGAAGGAUGAAAUUACCGCUGAAGGUAAACUCGAUGAUUAUGUGGCUACUAUGAAGUGGUACAACGAGUUUGGAGAAGUUUAUCAAGACCCGUUUGAAUACGUUGGUACAACUGCUGACCGUAUGAGAACCAUUUCAUUAUUCAGGUAAGAUGUUUUCAUGUCAGUUCCUUAUGCUACAUAUGUUUUUUCAAGGUAUGCGUUACUUUUGUUUACUAAGACAUAGCGGUGUGAAACUUGGGUAAGUUUCAAAAGAAAACUGUGGUGCUGCGUCGAUGGGGUAUUACAAGAUGAUUUGGUUUCAUCAACUGAGUUGGCAAUCUAAAUUGACCACCGUAAAGAGUUUCUGAGAGCUGACGUUUUGAGCGUUAGUCCUUCGUCAGAGCCAACAGAGGCCUUGUAGUUUUUCGCUCUGACUCAAAAUAGAGAGGUCCUGGUUUUGAAUUCUGACGGGGUCAUUGUGUUGUGUUUUUGAUAAUUGUCGAAAGUAAUCCGGGAUUUCUUUAUUUUCUGCUUCACGACACUCUGUGAUUGGUCGAGAUAACUCGUGCUACCACUCAACCGAUCAGAUUUAAGACGAACGCCAGGGCAAACAGGGAGCUGAUCAAUUGCGCCUUUCUGCGCUUCAAGCAGUUAGCUUCGAUUUUAGUUCGAGUCCUUGCUGCUCCUUGUGUUCAGAUUGGCCACGGUUUUUAUGACAUCUAUUCGAAAUGCGCUCUAGCGUUUAACUCAGCAUCAUGUUUCAGAAAACGGAUAAGAUAGAGAUACUUAAGGCUAUGUUUUUAGGGGGCUACGCUUCAACAUCGUAAAACAUUUAGCCUAUGUUUAAGUUCGUAAUCUGCAAUCAUUUUGAAUCAAUCAUCCUUAGACAUUCUUCCAUCUUCUACUGUUACGAAACUUAUAUUUAAACAAUCCGUUUUAAUCUACCAAUCCUCGACCAUUCCCUUUUUUUACCUUCUUUUUCCCUUCUUAUCUUUAUUGUUUUUGCUAUUAUUGUCAAAUCAUAUCCCUUUAGACCAUUGCUCUGCCACUCGCCGUGCACGAAGAAAUUUAUGAAAUACCUUUCACCAGCAAACUUAUUUGUCUUGAAGUCAAUUUAAAAAAAAAAAAGACGUUCAAUCCUCAGCCUUAUGUGCGUUGGCUCUUUCUUCUGCAGGUUGUUUACUGUUCUAAUGAUGCCAAAUACAACAGAUGACGAAAAGCUUGAUAAAAUUCGUGACAUAGAAGAACUUUUAUCAUGGUACGUCAACGGACUGUCUCCUAAUGAAGCUUUCGGAGGAGUUUUAAAGCCAGACUACCUUGGAUUCCAUCACAACAGUUUUUAUGGCUCUGCUUACUUCCCACAUGCUCUUCAUGUUGCUUCACUCAUCGAGUUUCUACUCAGUGGAACACCAUUUAAAUUGGGUAAGAAUCAGCUUGUUACAAGGGAAAGUAUAGUGGGGACAAAAAAAAAAAGAGCUACGGCGCACCAACCCUUCUUCAAACCCAAAAUUACCCCUAAUUUGUUAUUAGUUGACCGUUAUUGGGCUAUAGGGAAAGGGUAGGUGUGCAGGUUCUCCGAUAGUUACAUUGAUCCAAAUGGAUUAAGAAACCAUUGGUUGGAGAUAUGCUCUAGAAGUCUAAUUGUGCGGUUGUGGAUGGUCCUGGAAAGGACUCCUGUCAGUAGCAUUGUCGUUGACAAAUAUGUUAGCCAGAUACUGAGCGCUAUGGCUUUCAACAACACCAUCGAGGGGAAAAGGCGAGGAAAGAAAUGUGCUAGCGGGUGAUUUCUCUGAUUCUGUUUCCCGAAGUGUGGUUUCUAAGGUAGCGAACGACUACGCAAAGAUAAUUGUUUUAACUUUUAUAAAGCUUUCUUUGGUUUAGGUUUUCUCUUCGUCCAUCACAUCAAUAAUUCUGUUUUGAAGCUCCUUUUGUUUUCUUUACUUGCCUGCGAGAAGAGACGCCUCUUUGGCCUUUUUGUUUCGUAAGGCAAAAGUGAGGCAACAGGUGGAGAGAGGCAUCUUCUCGUAGGAUUCCUGAGCACUCUGAUGUUUCGGCCGUGUAAAACUUUUCUGACGCAGUCAUAAACCAGCUCUGUUGUAUACUCAAUAUUUAGGGCAUACGUUGAUUUUAGUAAGGGAAUAACUGUAUUUUGUAAUUAGAGUUUGAGUUAAGUUGUAUUUUCGUGGUUUUGGUUCAAAGGUGAGGACACAAGCAAGCAUAUUAAGAAAGGUCUUGAGACAAUGAGGAUUGUUGCUGUUAAAUACUCAACUCCAAACAGUGUAGCGGGUCGAUUUCCAGGGUUUUACAAUGCAAUUCUGGCUAGGAUUUUUCCUUCCUAUGCUUACGCCGGUGCAAUUGCUCCUGAUUUAAACGAUGAUGGAAGUCUGGGUGAAAUUACUAUUCUCGACAGCGAUAAGGUCAAGAUGUUUUUACGACUUUACGAUCCAUCCAAUGAGGAUGUUAGCAAUUACCUGGAAGAUGGGACUAUAUCCACACAUAUCUUUUACUUAAAUACUAUUGGUUCGAUCAACAUCAUGGAGGAAAUAAGCUCUAAAGCUGCCUCGAUGGAUAUAUUGGCCGAAAGUUCGCCCCAGGGAUUCUGGACGAGAAAUUAUGCUUCGCUAGUAAUUAACCGAAGAGAAAACUGGGCGGUAACAAUGAAAGGCUUCAACAAGUAUGUCUGGGACUUCGAGGCCUCAAGCACUCGAAAUUUUUUUGGUCUUUAUCAAAGUCAUGGUGCACUUCUCGUUGCAAACAGCGAGGCGUCACUUAAAACUCUGGAUAUCGAUAAUGGUUGGGACUGGACACGACAUCCGGGCACUACAACAAUAAAAAUGGAUUUUGAUCAAUUGAUCAGCGACAACCGUAGGUAAGCAAUGAAAAUUUUCUUCGCCCAAAUUCGUCUUUUUCGUUUGGCCGGCUUCGCGAGCGGGUAGAUCCCCCCACUUCGAUCCCGUGAAACUAUUCUAUAACGAAAAUUUUUCCUUUAAGGUUCCUUUUAACAACAGCAAUAACAACAACAACGAUAACAACAAAUGUGAUGUACCCUAUAUCAAGUUUUAACAAUCUAUUGAAUAGAAAGUAAUAAUUAAUUAUUAGUAUGAUAGUAAGAGGGUAACGACACCCUAAAAUUACUAAGGAGCUAAAAAUGACAGGGAGCUGUGUAUUCACCUUCUCCCUCCUCCCACUCCGCCAUAAAGAAAGAAGUGCGUUUUAGUAGAAAAAGAUACCAGCAAGGCCCGAGGACCAAAUAGUAAGGUCCUUACUCAAUGAACUUAGGCUUAUUAAAGAAUUGGUUCUUGCUUAGCGUGCCUAUAUCGAAUUAUGGAUACACUUGGGAAGUUUGGGGAGCGCCUCGAGGAACUCAAGCUUCUUGAGUGCUCUCCAAACUUCUCAAGAUCAUCUAUAACUCGAUAUACGCACAACUAAAGCAUGAAUUAAAUAUUUGAUGUUAAGAUAAGGCUUAGGUCGGAAUAAAAUUGUGUGUCCUUUUUUUAUCUCCAGUGGAGGUGCCCCCCACCCCCACCCUCCCGCUCCCAAAAUUAUCCAGAGGGCUGGACAGGAGACAUGUUAGGUGUCUCUUAGUUUUAAAGUCCAACUUACUUAAAGAAGUACAUAUAUAUCUAUCAUUAUAGUAGUACUGGGGGCUCUUAUGGUGCACAACCAAUCAGAGAAGAGUAUUUCGUACAAUGUAGCACAAAUGAACCAAUUAUAUCAUCUGACAUUAGAAGUGGCUCCACAGAUAUUUUCAACCCAAGGAACUGGCGGGUGGAUUAACUUUGAUUGGUGGCGGUAAUUAUCCUACGGGGGUCUUUGGAAUGGAUUUCUCACAGCCUAAGUAUCAGUUUCCAGCUGGGUCCUUUCAACUUGACAUCACCUUUGAAUUCAAGAAGAGCGUGUUUUUCGCAGAUUUUGCCGUGAUUUGUCUCGGAUCUGGAAUCACAACUACCAUGAGCUCGCCCAACAUAACUCAGGUACAUUCAUUUGUUUCCCUUUCAGUUGAAACAAAUUGAUUGUAAGAUUUAUUUUCGUCUAAACGGGGCUGAAAAUGGUGUCGUCCUUUUUAUACCAAGUAUUUGAUUUAUUGAUUUUAACAGCCUUUUUUAGUUCCAUUGACAACUGUCUUAAAACAAUCCAGUAAUUUCUCAAGAUGUUUUCAUCAGGUUUAUUACAUAACAAGUCAAUUAAGCAUCAAGCCUCUUAGAAACCACUUUUCUUCAAAUAUGUUAGAAUUAUUUCUAUAAUCAAAAACUUCAUAUCAUCAAAAGGCGGCGACAGAUAUAGUGUGAACUGUUACUAGAAGUAAUUUGCAAUUUGUCUAACGCUAUCAACAAAUACAGUUUAUCAGGAAAUUUAGGAGUCGUUUUGGGGGAAAUGGUGACCACAGGGUUUGAGAGGUCGGGUUUUGAAUCCCGAGAGGGUCAUCUUGUUUUGUCCUUUGUCCUGUGAACUGCUGAUAGAUUUUAGGGGUUGCCUGUUAUGCUCUGGCAUAGAUAGAUUGAUAUAGAGAUAGCUAUACAGAUAACUUUUUUUAAAGUAAAUGAAGGGGGUAAGUUUCCACAGAAACUGUGAUGCUGCGUCGGUAGAGUAUAACAAGGCAUUUUGGUUUUAUCAGCUGAGUCGAUGAAUUAAAUUGGCCACCGUUAAGAGUUUCAAAGCUGACUUUUCUAGCGUUAGCCCUUCGUCAGAGCGAAGGGCUAACGAAGGGUUAACGCUCGAAACACAUGGCCACUGGGCCAAGUUAGAGGUUUUCCACAAAAUUAAAAGAUCAUGAAAUAAUACAAUAAUGGCAUUUAUUACCCACCCCCUCUCUCCCCACGAAACGUGCAAUAAUUGUCCUUGACUAAAAGUAUCAAAUUUGAGCUUAACAACAAAGAAAAAACCUAAAUACUUAUCGUUCCAUGACGUGCUUAAGAAAUUGCUGGCUACUGUAUGUUAUCCGGAAGCGAGUUCCUUUUCUUAGCCGCAACUUGAACCAUACUUCGGUUACGUAAGUUUAUCGUGGCCUCCUAAAUUAUACUUGUCUUUACUUAAUUUCGUUAAAUCACCUCUAUUUAUUAGUGCACGGCCCUGUAAACGGCUGUUUAUUAUGGAUUGGAUGCCAACAUUAUUCCUAGUCACUUCACGCCUCAGAAACUAGAGGCCUGUUUCUCGAAUGUUCCGGUAACUUAACGGCCCGAUGGGGGUUUUAAAAGUUUUGAAAAUUAUACAAUAAAACUAUAAGAUAAGGGAAAAAUGCACUUGUGGACUUAAAAUGGACUGCUUCUCUAUUCCUUAAAUUUUGAUUUUAAAAUAUGGCUUCGGGCGCGUUUAGUUACGGGGACCUUUGAGAAAAGAGCCCCAGGCUGUGUUUGGAAAUGGUGAUACAUUCAGUCGCAUUAAUCAUGCUAUAUUCUUUCUCACGCGACGAUAUUUUCUUAAUCUUUCUUAUGAGAAAACUAAGGAAUGCACGCUUGAAAUUGGUUUCAGACCACGCUGUUCCAGACGAAGCUUCUUGACGCAAGCAAUCCAUCAUCAAUUCUGAUAAACGGAGAAAGUUACUCACUCGACACCGACUUGAUAAAGACGCCGUCGUUCUUUAACACAGGCAACCAUGCAGCUACACUUGUAGAUGUCAAUGGUAAAUAGAUAAUAUGGACGAUUCGAUUUAGGCAUUCAGCAACUGUAUUUUUUUUUGUACCAAACUUUCGCCGAUCUAGGGCAUCGUUAGGGAAUAUAAAGAAAAUAUUUCACUUUGCAUGAUAUGAAAAUGAUGUAUCGUCCAUUUAAUCAACAUGCUACUGAAGGACAACUUCAAAAGAAUUAUAAAAUCAAAUUGGUAGCUUCGAUAUGUAAUUUACCUGAUCCCCCUCAUAGGGAUCUGUAAUAUUCUUAUCUACAACCCCCCCCCCCCCCUCACUGGUUGUUGAUUUGCAUAGUCCCUCUUUAUACUCUGUUGGCGACGACUGAUUUCCGCUCCGUUCCCCCUGAAAACCAUGUGUUCCCCCAAAAGGCCUCUUCCCCCAACCCUUAAGUGAAAGAUAAUGAUUGGUUCCUUUAAAGAGUUAUGGGAAAAUUUGGUUUGUGUUUUAAAUCUGGUUUGUGCAGACUGAUUGGUCAGUUUUGCUGUGAUACUAUUGGCUGCAAGACUCAAGUAGCUCUUUGGGUUGUGAUCGUUCAAUGUCUAAUGUUGGUGACGGUGACAUCAUAACUACCAUUUUGCACUUCUGUUAUGAAUAUGAGUUUAGGAUUGGAAUUAUAUAUAUAUAAAUCUUGUUUUGAGGUCAAAAGUGACUUCUCCUAUUUGGUUAUUAUGCUUGCGUUUAUGGCACUAAAAUUUUACUAAUAGUAUUAAAAGUUUCAUUAUUCUCUCAUUCUUAAAAAUUUAAGGAAACACCUACUACAUUCCCAAUGCGUAUAACCAGGGACUUAAUGUGAAGAUUGGCUUGCAACAUUCCAGAACUCAAGAUGAUUUAAAUGCUACAUCGGCUCGGUAUGCGACCGCAUGGCUCGACCAUGGAGUGGACCCAACGGACAAGGGUUAUGAAUACACCAUAUUGGUUGAAGGACCCUCAGAAGAAAUCCAUGUAGGAAUUUUUCGAGUUUAAGAAAAUAUACGACACUUUUUGAAAACAUGUUUCGACAGUUCUUCAGUCAUCUUCAGUUCUGAUUUAUGCAAAGUACAAAGUUGAAUUUAAAGUGUGUAACAAAGUGCUGAUUGGACAAAACAAACAAUAGAAACAGAACAAUGUAUGCAGUUACAAGGAAAGUUUUAAAUCAACAUGAUAUAGUUGAAGUUUAACUGUAGGUUGCUCCCAUUGAAUGAUUAACAAAAUGUCGUAUGUUUUCUCAAAUUCGUGACACAUCUGCUGCUACCCAGACCUUUUGGCAAUUUCAAAGUUUAUUUGACGAUUCCUUUAGCCAUGCGCAUUUAAACAAUUAGCUCUCAGAAAUGUUGCAUGUGUAACCUCUUGCAAUUUCAGUUGUUAGAUUGCAAACAGGUGAUAAGAAUACACUGGGUCAUCAGCUAUACUGUCGACUGCUAUUUUGCCAUGACACCUAAUUCUUUACCUUGAAAUGUAUGGCAGUCAGUAUUGAGAAUUUCGUACAGGUUCUUGGAAGUUAAGUUGCUUUUAUCAGCAAGUAUUGUUGACAAGCGGACUUGGAACGAAAAAAUUGUAUCUCAGUGGUCGCUUUUCAAGAAGCAAUCCUUCUACGCUUCUAAGCCAAUGGAUUUUUACCGAAAAUCUGGCGGAAUAGGAAAUUGUGGGAUAGAUAAGCAGACACGUUAAACAUUCUUAUCUACAAUCUUUUUUUGGACCAAAUGAUCCAGUCUAGCAUGGAAAGUCGCAUUCCUAGCCUUUUUAAUUUAAUAGGGCUCAUGUAGCCUUCGGCAAUAUUACAAGUUUUCUUCUUUUCGAUCUCGCACUAACAUUUUGCUGUUCAUAAUUUGAAAGACUUUGGCCGAAAAUCAAGCGGAUGGCAGCUACUUGUAUGAAGUACUUCAGAAAGAUAAUACGGCUCACGUGGUGAAGAUCAAUAACAGCCCGAGGCAGGGUGAGACUCAGUAUGGAUACGUUUUUUUUGACAAAUCUGCUCGUACCUUGGGUCCAGUAAGGCGCGUCGAAAAGGUAAAACUUGUUAUAGUGUGGUCUAGCUUAGAUAGGAGUAAAAACGGAGUUGGUUUAACGAGACUAACAGAGAGGACGAAAUUCGCGAAUAUGUGGAGCGUCUCCUUUUGCUAAAAGAAAAGAAAGACGUAAAACGUUCCUCUUCAGAAAGAGAUUUCAUUUGUGUUUUUUUCGUAAAGCUUGUUAGUUAGUUCUGAUUUUAAAUUUUUAAUAUGCAUUAACUGUUAUGCAUUGUCUAACUGUUUUACAAAUUUUGAAUUUUCAGAAGCAUUGCAAGUCGCAGUUGAUUAUUCUAGAACUAUUAAUUAUCAUUAUUUAUGACUUAUUUAUUAAUAUUAUUUAUUGUUUAAUUUUUUAUUAUUGAUUCAUAUAAAAUUAAUAUUAUUAUUAUUAUUUAUCAUUUGUCUACUGCUGUUCAGUAAGGUAAUUUUACUAUAGGAUUUUCAAAUCCCUGUUGAAGCUCUAGACCUUUGAACAAAUUACGCGUAGAAACAUUUUUUUGAGAAAAAGGCAUGUAAGAUCAAGCUUUUCUUUUUAGAAAGGCAUUUCAUUGAUGUUUUUUUUUCUUACAGCUAGUUAUUUAGUCCUGAUCUCAAAUCUUAAUGUGCCUUAAUUGUUAUAAACUAAUUGUUUGUAGAACUGUUUUUAGAAGUUUUGAAUUUAAAUUUUACAAGGCAUUGUAGGUCGCAAUUAAAAAUUUUUAUAGAAGUAUUAUUUAUGAUUCUUUUUAUUACUAAUUUAUUACUUUUUAUUGUUAUUAUUAUUUAUCGUUUAUUUCCGGCUUUUCAUUAAGGUUCUUUUACUAUAGGGUUUCCAAAUCCCUUUUGAAACUUUAUGGCAUAGAAAAAAUUAUGUCUAGAAGCAUUUUUUUGAGCAAAAGGCGCAUAAUGUUCGGUUUCAACCUUGUUUCACCCUUCUCGCCGGAUUUGCGACAGAAAUAAUUGUAAUCGUUUCUUGAAUAAAUUAUUUAAAAGUAUAUUUUUUCUGCGAUUUUGCUUCAGUGUCGGUGGUUAGCAGUGGAUGUUUACCUCGCCGCUUCCCGGCUCGGUAAAUAUCCACCACUAACCACCUCCAUUUCGGUGCAUUAAUAUAUUUGUCUUCAGUUUAUGUAAAGGAAAUUCCUUUUGAUGAUUUCUGGACGUGAAAUGGUUUUUGUAUAAAUAUCGAUUGAUCUGAGGUUUCUUCUGAUAUUUUAUUUCACAGGAUCCUUGUAUUGUGAUGGUGGAAGAAGCGGAUGAUAAUACCUUGCACAUAGCAGUCUCUUAUCCAAAUCUAAAUUUCAACAUCACCACUUUAGAUUCUGCCUCUCAGAUCACUGCGCAAGAAAGGUUUUAUUCUGUUAGCACGCCAGUUGACAUAGAGGUAAUCGGAAAACUAAUAUUCCUUUUUUUUUACCUCUUUUUUGAGAAUACUGUUGGUCCUUGCAGUCUGAUUGGCUGUUAGUUGUUUGAUUAUCUACAAAUGACAACUUUUUUUGCUCAAGAUUGUACCUUUUUCACCGCCAGUGGGGAUGGAACUCUAAAUCAAAAAAGCUAAAUAGAUUUUAAGGUUUUUUGAGACAACGAUCACUUCAGAGAAAAUUGAAAAUGAAAAAAAGCCAUUUUUGGGAAUUUUGUAACUUUAUCGCCGAUUCUUGCUUUUUUUCUAACGUCUAGAGGAUAAGUAAAUUAUUGGUACCAAAAAAGAUCAGUAUUGGGACAGUUAAAUUGUGAGAUAACGAAAUGGAAAUGUAGAACUUUGUUUGGUAGUGACUUUCAUCCUUAAUGUCGACCAAAUGCACGCAAAGGGCAGCAUUCCGUACACUAUACACAAAAACACUAGAAUUAUGUUUAGGAUAUGAAGUGGUUCAUGUAAUUCCUGAUGAUGUAUGAUAAAGAUAAAUAAGUUAUUAUUAUUAUAAGUUAUCAUUAUUAUUAUAAUUGUUAUUAUUAUUAUAAAUUAUGUUUAGGAUACAAAGUGGUUCGUGUAAUACCUGAUGAUGUAUGAUAAAGAUAAAUAAGUUAAUUGAUAUUUGAUAAAAGAGGAUCAUUUUUCUAAAUUCUUGAUAAUAUGAGAUGAUGUAUGAAGUAAUUUAGUUAAAGACUGAUAUUUUUCGGAUGAAGCUUUAUUUACUAUAAAAUAACAUUGAACCGAAUUCCUAAAUGAUUUCUAGCGUAAUGAAUAUCUUAACCCGACAUUUUACGCGGAAAAAAUUAAGAAUUUAUGUUUUAGAAAUUAAUGGCUAGCUCCUCCAACCUCUGGUCUGGAAGAGAUUUAUUGAUGACAUCUUUUCACCGAGGGACAUUUCUAUGUAAGAAGCUUACAAUUUUGUUGACUUCGCCAAUGCGUUCCACCUCACAAACAGGUUUACUUGUGAAAACGUAACCUCGCAACAAUCACAAAAAUCAACGAGGCGGUUAAAAGCAAACUAGAAGGCAAUUUGCAUAUGAUCAGUUUAACUGACUCCUAAAAACGGCAAUCGCGUAGAUGGAGUAUAAAUUACAGAUAUUGCUUGUGGUUUAUGAUUAAAAGAGAAAUUAAAACUGUGAAUUAAUAGAGGCAGCGAAUUCGGCAUGUUAGAAGCGGACAUGUAAAGAACUCGAGCGAAGAGAACUCGACGAGUAGCGAAACCGGCCCUAAGCUUCAGUUUAUUACCCUAGGGUAAUUAUAAUGACCAAUUAGAAAGAAUGUGUUUGUCACUCGAAACCGGUGAAAAGUCAAAAGAAACCGAAGUAAACGAACCUAACUGCGACCACUUAGAUUGAGAUUGGGAUUGAUUUUCUUUUUGAUCUGAGUGAUUUAGAAGGAGGCAUGAGUUUUCGGGACCUUCACAGAACAAUAAAAUAGUAGCAAAGCAAUUCAUAAUUACACUCGUCACUCAGAACAAUUUUCAAUUGAGUUUUGAAAGUAACCUGGAAUUGCAUUGGGUUUGCUUUACUUUGAUUUGUGAUUGGUUCAGAAAACUCGCGCCACUCUCUCAACCAAUCAGAUACAAAACGAUUCGGUCGCCGUGUUUUCCCGCGCUUUUGGCGGUUUGCUUGUAUUUUACUUUGAGUUCUGAUUGGCACUCUAGGAUAUUUUUCUUUCUUCCGAUUGUCCGCUGUACUUUGGUUCAACAACGCUCAAUCCAAAAGCUCUCCAAAAGAACGGCUCUAGAUCUUAACUCCCAAUAUGAAUAAUUUAUCUCAGGUGGGAGUCAGCGGUGCGGUGAAUGUAGCAACUGGAGAUGUGAGAGUAAACGGAGAGGUUGUCCCAGACGCCGAUAAAACAAAUCACGUGAUGGUGAUACCAAUAUCUGACGGCGCAGUUAUAGGGCAUGCCAUCGUGUUCAAACAGCUGUCCAUGGGGUUCACCACAGAAGUCACACUUACUCGAUGAUGGCCUUGACGGCAUAUGCAUUUUCCUCCUUUAGAUUGAUAAUAAAACUCUUUGAAUGAAUAAAACGAUGUCAAGCGAAGUUAAAUUUGCUAAAGAGUUGUAGAGGGCUUGUCACAGAAAUGUAAAGCUGAAUAGUAGAAUGGAA